AUGCCAAGCAUUGUUUCAACACAUCCAAGAGGUGGUUCAUCACAUACCUCCUCAACAAAAGAGUUUGCCAAUACACAAUUUCUUCAAGUUUAUUCCGAACCUCUCUGUUCCAAACAAAGUCUCUCCUCCAACCACCACCCUCACCACCACCACAUUAUCAACAACAACACUCGAGACGAUACAAGCAACAGCAGCAUGGCAAGUGAUGAGCUCUCCUAUUAUUGUGGAAGCACUUCUUUCUCUCCUAGACAGAGUUCAGCAUGCUCCUCUCCAUCCUCGCCCUAUUCUCCCUCAUCAUCUUCCUUAACAACGAGUUGGGUUCAAGAAAUGUGUGAGGCUUGUAAGUUGGGUGAUGAAUUUCUGGUACAUGAAUUGAUUCAGGAAAGAAACCAGGCUCGCUCCCAGCUCUCGGAUUCAGAAUUCAAGAAGAAUUAUAACAUUAAUGAGUUAGAUAAGGCCUCCAAGAGAAGUGCUCUUCAUUGGGUCAUGUCAGAAAAUCAUGUUCAAGUCUUGAUGAUUCUCUUGUCGGUAUUUACCAACAAUUCAGAGGGAAAUCAUCCAAUGAUGCUUCUCGAUGUAAAUAUUCGGGAUGGCCGAAAUGGAGCCACUCCAAUGCAUUUGGCUGUUGCCAAUGAAACCCUCGAUUGUAUCAAACUUUUUGUUCACACUUCUUAUGUGAGAGCGAAAAUUGAACAAUCGGCGAAGGAUUGUUAUGGAAAUACCUUCUUUCAUGUGGCCUUUCGAUUAAAGAAAUGGCAAGUGAUGGAAACUCUCAUCGAAUUGUUUGGGAAUGACAUGAUCAAUUCUAGGAAAUCUAAUUCUGAUACUUGUCUGCAUGUCGCUGCCAAGAAAGCCGAUGUGAAGGGAAUCAAAUUCUUGUUAAGGAAUGGAGCAAAAGUUCAUCUCAAAGACGAAAAUGGGAGAAGACCACUGGCAAGUGCAGUGUUUUUCUACAGAGAGGAAUGUCACGUGGAAGGAAUGGCUGAGAGUCAAAGUGCCAAACAGUCGUCCUCGAAUUAUUCUGAUGGGGUUUCGAAACCUUUAAAGAUUGGAGAAUCCCUCAUCACGACGUCGCUUUACUCGGAUAAACAUCAACAAGGCAAUAUCAAGAAUGUGAAUGGCAAGUUUCCAAACUCAAGACUUCAGUCAUCAGAGAUGAUUGCUACAAACGAAGACUUUCUUUUUUCACAAGAAGAGAUCAACAGAUUACAGCGAACGUUAACCUAUGCACUUCUAUUGAACGAGGAAGUGAAUGCCUUAUCAGGAGGAAAUGCAAAGAAAUGGUUGAAGAAUGAGAGCGAUCGCUCUUCAGAAGGAAUGAAUUUGUUCCAUUUGGCUUGUUUGAAUGGCAAUAAGGAGUUUAUCGCAGCAUUUACGUUAAUGUUUGAAAAGAGUCACCUUCAUUUCCUUCUUGAAAAGAGAGAUCCUAAAACCAAAUACAAUGCUCUCCAUUUUACGUGCGAGGGAGGUCAUAUUGAGGUUUUAGAAUUGUUGACCACUCUGUUGAAAGAUAUGUUCCCAAAUGCAGAGCACUUUCAACAAUAUUUGAAUGCAAAAGAUCAUCAAUCGGAGACGUGCGUUCACAAAGCAGCUCGGAAAUUAGCCUCCUUAAUGGAUGGCAACACAUGUACAAUGACUCCUGACAUUCAAAGAGCAAUUCAUUGCGUGACACAUCUCAUGUACACGCAUGGAGCAGACAUGAAUAUCAAGAACCUUCAAGGUGAAAAACCAAUAGAUAUACUGGACCGAUGUGGGUUCUUCACUUCAGGCCUUUUCCUCUACACGAAAAAGUAA